CACAAUAAACGCUAACGCCAGCUUGUGAGGGGCGCAUCGCAACAUCCCCAUCUUCACCAAACCUCGUCGCAACGAUGCCUGACCCACGUACAUACACCGACAUGGCGCUGCCACUUGUAAAAACGCUGCCCGACUGCGUCGACUAUUUCAAGACCGUGGAGCCAUUCCUGCCACAAUUCUACGACCUCCCGUACAAGGUUGCAGCGCACAUCACCGAUCUGCAGGCGCUGAAGGACCUCUAUGUCAACACCAACCCGCUCAUGUCGUCGCUGGCAUUUGCCACAAUGUUCGUCACGCCCAUCGUGCUUGCCGUCUCCGAGAUCAACCGCAACUACUCGCAGGUUGACAGGAUCUGGAGUAUAUUGCCUGCCCUCUACAAUGUCCAUUACGCAGUAUGGGCCCAUCUCAACGGCUUGCCAACAAUGAAGCUGGACCAUAUCAUGGCUGUCUCAAUCAUUUGGGGUGCUCGCUUGACUUUCAACUAUUGGCGCAAGGGCGGGUACCAAGUCGGCAGCGAAGACUACAGAUGGAACAUCGUCAAGGACUACGUUGGCGGACCCGGCAUGUUCAUUUUCAACGUCACUUUCAUCUCACUAGGGCAGAAUAUUCUUCUUUGGCUCAUCACCACGCCCACGUAUAUUUUACUCCUCGCGAACCGUAUCAAGGGCAACGAUAUCACAACCUACGAUUCCCUAUUCGGCCGCUCCAUGCUCGCCAUCGUCGUGUUCGAGUUCUUUGCCGACCAAGCGCAAUGGAACUUCUACAAAGCGAGGAAUGCGUACCAGAAGACUGCCAAGGUACCAUCCGACCAGAAAUACACUCGUGAACAGUUAGACCGUGGCUUCAACACUACAGGUCUUUUCAGCUGGUCGCGUCACCCCAACUUCGCAGCUGAACAGUCCUUCUGGGUGUGCCUGUACCAAUGGUGCUGCUUGGAGACUGAGACCUACGUCAACUGGGCGUUUGCCGGUGCAUUCGGAUACCUGAUUUUGUUCCAGGCUAGCACCUGGUUGACUGAGCUGCUCAGCGCGGGCAAGUACCCCGAAUAUAAGGUCUACCAGGAGCGGGUCGGGAAGUUCCUUCCGAAGUUCGGCACUAAGAGCAUGGACUUGCCGCAGACGGAGAAGGAGAAGCAGAAGGUCAAGGACGCGAAGGCUGGCAAGGGCUCCAUGAAGGCUAAAUAAGUCCACAUGGAACGAUCUAUGGCACCAGUGCAAGACCUCCGACGGAUGGAGAGGCCACGUAAUCGAAGAGGGGUGCUGUGUGGCCAGCCAGGAUAAGUGGGAAAUAUGAGCAGAGGGGUGCUCAAGGUAUGAUUUGGAUCUCAACACCACCAUAUACGUGGGAAAAUUGACCUAAGCAUAAUAUACAAGAAAGCAACUGACCACCCCGCUGGGUUACGUCACAGAAGUUGCCUCAACAUCACUACCCUCAUAUCCU